AUGGGGGUGCUGUCAAGUAAUUUAAAACCCAGUUUUGUGGGUUUAUUAAAAUUUUUAAACAACAUGAAUUGGUUUAUUGUGUUUUUCAGUUUAAUUAAUAUUUCAGUUUGUAUUUAUGAAGACCAAAUUGGAAAAUUCGACUGGCGUCAAACUUAUGUGGGCAGAAUAAAAUAUGCUCAGUUUGACACUGUUUCCACUGCUAAAAAAAUUAUUGUCGCUACAGAGGAGAACGUAUUGGCUGCCCUAAAUUUGAAGACGGGUCAAGUGGUUUGGCGUCAUGUGUUUGAAUCUACAUCAACCGGUAACAUUCAGUUAUUGCAUGUUGGAGAGAAAAUCACCACAGUCACUGGGUCAAAUCCUUAUCUGGUCAGGGGGUGGGAUUCUAACACAGGGGUUCUCAUCUGGGAGUGGUCAUUGAUGGUACAAAAUGACUUAGCAGAAUACUCCCAAUGGUGGGUGCAGAACAAUAUGCUUGUUCAUGUGUUGCCGGUAUUUGGUUCUCACAUUGAAGUCACUAUGUAUAAUCUGCUGACUGGCAGCAACCGAGGUGCAUCAUCUAUGCUCCCUGCAGUCUGGACCAGUGAGAGGUGUAUUCUCACAGCACCCCACUAUGUAUGUAUAUCUGGUCCAAAGGAGAGCCAACUCCUUCUAUCCAUAGAUGUCACAUCUAAUGCUGUGAAGAUUAUAAGCAAGCCACUUACCGAUUAUGUUGAUAUCCAACAAACUGUCAGUGUGAAUUUGAGGCCACUUGGCCGAAACACUAUUACUCCCGGUUUUAUUAUAGGCAAUGAUAAAAUUGUAUUUAUAAAAGAUAAUAAUUUUGAAAAGUCAAAAGUUAAGUUGGGUGAUCAGUCAGCUAGUGCAACUGUUGUUGAUGGUGCUAAUGGGCAUAUUUUAGUACAAACUUGGAUGGAUGAUGUGAAAGGUUUUACUUUAACAGCUCACAGCGUAUCCACUGGUACGGAGGUGACAGACAUCUAUUGCUCAGACAAAACAUUAAAUAUACCCAAGCCUGAACUUCUCGCAGUAAUGUGCACUCGCACUUCGAGAGAACAAAAUGUCUGCCGUCUACUCAUCAAUGCAGCCGAUGAUGCAGUAUAUUUCAUGCAGCAAGGAGGUCGCGCGCUGUGGCUGCGCGAGGAGGCGCUGUCGCGUGCGCGCGCCGUGGAGUUCGUGGAGCUGCCCGUGUCCGACACCGACGCCGCGCUCGAGUCCGAGUUCGACCAGGAGGAAGCUGCCAAGGUGUAUAGUUCAGUGUGGUCCGCGUUUGCCCGUCGCCUGCUCACUCAGUACCAGCAGCUGCAGAACUUGAUACGCAGCCUGCAGGGAGAGAGCGCCGUCCAGAACUCGCCGUCGUCCCUCUUCAGAGACUACUUCAACCUUCAUAGAAUUAUUGUCAUCGUCACUGAUGCUGGAAAGAUAUUCGGCAUCGACAACCUGUCGGGCGAGAUCCUGUGGCGCCGCUACGAGGCGGGGCUGAGCGCGCAGUCCGCGAGCGUGCUCACGCGGCGCUCGGCGCGCACGCCGCCGCACCACGCCUACCUCAGCGUCGUCGCCACGCAACGGGAGACAGGAAACGGCUUCAUCCUUAGUCUUAACCCUAUCACGGGGGAAUUAGUCGGUGAGGGAAAGCUCAUACUGGAUGUUCGUCUACUGCAAUCCAUGUUGCUGCAUGUUCCUGACUCUGAGAAAUUACACGCACUUGUGCUGUUAGACGAACGAGAAAAUGUGCAGGUCCUUCCGUCGUCCGCGGCAUCGCUAGUGGAGGACGUCUACAUGUAUGUUGCCGAAAGAGAUACGGCAAAGGUGCAGGGAUAUUCAUUGAGAUUUGAUGGAAAAACGGUGCGCGCGCAGCGCACGUGGGCGGCGCGGCUGGGCGGCGCGGGCGGCGCGCGCGUGGCGGCCACGGCGGCGCGCCCGCGCCUCGAGCACGUGCGCGCGCCCGGCCGCGCGCUGCCCGACCGCAGCGUGCUCUACAAGUACUCCAACCCCAACCUCGUGCUCUUCGUCGUCGAGCGGCUCGACCCGCUCUAUAAAGAGGAGGUGGUGGCGGUGGCGCUGGACGUGGUGUCGGGCGCGCUGGCGGGCGCGGCGGCGCACCGGCGGGCGCGCGCGCUGCCGCUCGCCGCGCACGCCGACAACUGCUUCGUGUACCUCUACCGCAGCGAGAAGCAUCGGCGGCUAGAACUCGCUACGAUGGAAUUCUACGAAGGUAAGGAGCGAUGGUUGGAGGCGGGCGUGCCAUUCAGCUCGCUCGAGUCGAACCAGGUCCCGAUAGUCGAACACCAAGCCUUCAUCCUGCCCGCUACGCCCACCGCCGUCACUUUCACCAUCACCGAGCGCUCGCUUACCGACCGACACGUGCUCCUGGGGCUGACGUCGGGCGCGGUGGCGGAGCUGCCGUGGGCGUACCUGGAGGCGCGGCGCGACGAGUCGCUGCCGGCGGCCGCGCCCGAGCUGCCGCUGCCGGCCGACGCCACGCUCAACUACAACCGCACGCUGAGCCGCGUCGGCGCGCUGCACGCCGUGCCCGCCGGCCUCGAGUCCACCAGCCUCGUGCUCGUCACCGGCCUGGACUUGUUCUACACUCGGGUCGCGCCGUCGAAAACCUUCGAUCUCCUCAAGGAUGACUUCGACUACUACCUGAUCACGAUAGUUCUGGCCGCGCUCAUCGUGGCCACCUACAGUACCAAGUAUUUCGCGUCCCGCAAGAUGCUCAAGCAGGCAUGGAAGUGAUGAUCGCGUUUCUAUUGCUAAUGCAAACGAGUUUGAACUGUAUACCUCGGUGAUAAGGUGGAGAUCAGUGUGUUGUGAAGUGGUAAAGUGUCUGAGAUGAUGGGAUGUGUACAUCGGUGUAAGUAUUAUAUUUAACGACAUACUGACUAUGUAAGCAAUAAAUUAAAAGACAAAUAUCAUAAAUAUGAAGGGAAGGAAGGGAAUAUUAAGUGUAAAAUUUUAUACAUUGCAAAUAAAUAAUUUUCAAUAUGUUUUGUAUCGACCAUAUUUUGGUGUAUGUUUGAUUUAUCGUUACAAAUACUUUAUCACUUGCGCGUUUUAAAACAAUUAUAUUAUUGUCAUAAAUAGAAUGAAAUAAGCCUUAUAGCAAUAUAAUAUAACUGCUUAUAGUAGUUACAUAUUGUAAUAAAUAAUAAUAAGCAUUUUUAUAAAUAAUUAAAAUUUCCUUAUUCUUCUAUAAAAUACAGUGUAAAUAAUUAUGUAAAAUAAACAUUGUUUAUAGUAGACAUAUUUCAGCAAAAUUUUCUUUCUUUCCUUCUUCUAAGCUAUCUCCUAUGACUUACAUUAUAUGCACUGCCGAAUAAUAUCUUACUUAAGCUAAGGACAAUUCUUCGAAAUCACUAACGCCCUCACUCAUAAAACGUUGCUUAGCGAUUGAUUAGUUAAACACAAACAGCCUACUUAUAAAUGUUGUUACCGUUUAGUUAACUUUACUAGGUAGGGCUUUGUGUGAGCCCAUCUGAGGAGAUACCACCCACUCAUCAGAUAUUCUACAGCCAAAUAGCAAUACUUAGUAUUGUUGUAUUCUGGUUUGAAGGGUGAGUGAGCCAGUGUAACUACAUGCACAAAGGCCAACAUCUAAGUUACCUAAGUUCGUGGUGGGUUGAUGAUGUACGGAAUGGUUAAUAUUUCAUACAUCUCCUAUGUCUAUGGACGGCAGUGACCACCUAAUAUAAUAAAAAAAAAUUAUAAACACUGAUUUGCUCUUUCUAUCAUUAUAGAUUUGACAGUUAAAAGAAGAAGACACAGAAUUGUAUCCGCUAAACCAUAUUUUAUAAGUAAGGCCGCUAGUAAUUUAAGUUGUAUAAACUUUAUCCUAAGCUAUAUAGUUCAAACUCGUGUUUUAAUAUGGACUUAUAGGAAAUUUAUAUGAAUAUAUAAAUAAUAGAUUUGUGACUGUGCAUAGUAUGUUGUAAGCGGUUAGAUAAUGUUCUACAUUCUUUAUACAGAUGUAGUCACCAGAAAAUGGAGGGUUAGGUUUCUUCAGACAAGUACCUAAUUUUUUUCAUACUGUGAAAAAUAUAUACCUGGCCUCCAAAAAAAUCGACCCACCUACAUUUUUUGUAAAAAAGCUAUUGUAUGGUUUUAAACUACCACAUAUUUAUAUUUUUAAGAUUGAUAAUGAAAAAAUGCAAUUGUAGGAUUGUACAAAAACAGAAAUAGUGCGCAAAAAAUAGGUUUUUAGGUAAAUAUGUGACAAAACACGAAAACACAAAAUUUUACGCAAUUUUAUUUUUUUGUGUACAAAACGAUUAUGCCGUUUGUUUUUAAAUUUGGGUGCCUAAAUCUUACUUUAAUAGGGAGUGUUUCCUCCUCUUGACCUAAUCACUGCCUGCAUACGCCUAUUAAGUGACCUGAUUAGCUUUUUAAUGUAUUCCUGUGGGGUCCGUUGCCAUUCUUCAGUUAGGGCAGCACCCAGUUGAUUCAGGGUUUCUGGAAUUGGGUUUCGUGCUCGAACCGUACGUUUUAGCUGGUCCCAGAGGUGCUCUAUCGGGUUUAAGUCCGGACUAUUGGCUGGCCACUGCAUAACUGGAAUUUCGACUUCCCUGAGAUAGUCUUUAACAAUUCUAGCAACGUGAGGUCGUGCGUUGUCGUGCAUAAGUUGGAAAUUAUCCCCAAUAUAUCCAGCGUAAGCCAUCACAUGAGGCUCCAGAAUGUCCGUCAUGUAAGUUUCAGCAUUAACAGCACGAUUACGGAAAAAAACCAGCUCUGUGCGUCCCGUCAAAGAAAUACCUCCCCAAAACAUUGUAGAGCCUCCACCAAAUCGGACUGUUUCUCGAAUGCAACACUGAAAGUAGCGUUCUCCUGGCCUUCGCAUGACGUUACGUCGUCCAUCAGAGCCUACUAGAGACAUUCGGCUUUCAUCACUGAACAAUACUGUCUCCCAUUGGUCCAGUGUCCAAUCGACGUGCUGCCUAGCAAAUUGUAGUCUUGCUUGUCGAUGGGAUGCUGUGAGUUUUGGUCCUGUUGCUGGCUUGUGAGGGGUUAAGUUUUGCUCACGAAGUCUUCUUCCUACAGUAUUUUCACUCACAGACACUCCACGACUUUCUCGGAGUCUACCUUGAACGUCAACAGCCGAAAGAUGUCGGUUUCUUAAAGACGUCAAACCAAUAAAACGGUCAUCGGUCGGGUUCGUGACACGCCCCCUGCCAGAUCCUGGUCUCCGGCGAUACUCCCCAGUCUCCAAGUAGCGUUUGUACACUCUUCGCACCGCUGAACGACUUAAUUUUAGUGUUCUAGCCACAUUUCGCUGACUUAACCCCUCAUGAUUAAGAGCUACGACUUGAGCAGCUUCUGCUUCAGUAGUAUCCAUUUUUUAUGUUUAAACUUAUUAAAAUUAUUGUUUCAACAAAGUUUCAUACACUUAAUCAAUAAUAAACAUCGAACCGAGAUGACUCCGCGUUAAGAACUGGAAAUAAACUAACCAUGCACUUUGUGCACAAAGUAACGUUUUCUUAUCAAUACUUUAAAAAUAUUCUAAAUAUCCUCAAUAACACUUACAACUCCUCCAAAUCAAUAUCAAGUGGGUAAUAAAAUGUUAAAUGUAUGUCCCAUAAGUAAAACAAUCCACCUAGGUCGUCGCAUAGUUAAGAUAACAACUUUGUAAGUAAAAAAAUACGGGUGGGUCGAUUUUUUUGGCGGCCAGGAUUUAUUAAUAAAUUUCUCAUUAACGAGUUUAAAUUAUUGUUAUUCAAUACGGUUAACUUGAUAGCUCGAUCAUAUGGCCCUAAUAACAAAACAAUGAUUAAAUUAUCAACUUUAAAAUUUAAUAUUAAGAUACAAUAAUUCAAUUCCAAUCAUAUUAGAAGUGUAGAGCUAGUUGAAUGAUAUACAUUUUUUUUAGUUUAUUCAUUUAUUUGUUAUCAAAAUGUGAGCUAUCAAUGAAACAUAUUUAUUCUAUUGAUAAGUAUAUUUCUUAUAAAAUAAGUUCUCAUAUAAAAUGAACAGAUAAUAAACAGAUUUAAUUAAGGUUAACUAUGCUUAGUUAGUGCAAUUUAGGAAUAUUAUUUAUUACAAUGGUGGUUUGUAUAUUUUAUUUAUUUUGAAAAUAACCAUUCCAAGCGGAGAACAUCAAAUAUUAAUUUAUACUUAAAAACAUUUGAAAUAAACUAUUUACCAGUAAUUUAUAAAUGUUUUAUAAAUUUUUGAUGCUUUGAAUAAAUUAGUUAUUCACUGGAAAAGCCACGAAAAUUAUAAACAUUUUUUGGAUUUGAUUCUUUUUUUUUUUCAAUCGAUUUCUACGCAUAAAGUGCAAAAUAACCAAAGAACGCAUUUGUAUAUUUAAAAUAAUUACUAAAGACAGUAUAUAUGUGGCCUGGUGCUAAAAGGGUCAAAAUUUCAUUCUUAAGUAAAAUGUCUAACAUACCUUUUGCCAUUUGCCAAAUAAUUACAGAAAUAAUAAAUUUAUUUAUGCAAAAUUUUGAUUAUUAAAAGUAAGAGUUAUUGAUAUUGGCCCUUUUAGCAUCAGGCCAGGGAUAUAGUUAGUAUUGUAAUUAAUGCUGGCCAUUUGUGUAGCCUAUUUCAACGGCCAGAGGACAAAAUACAAAUAAACAAUAUUUGGUCAAGAUCUAUGAUAUUCGAUGUCAUUGAAACAGGCUAGUCAAUGUAAUGGAAAAAAAUUGUUCUCUACCACCAUUUUUUUUUUUGUUAAAAUCUGACCUUUUUGGUUAUUAGAAUAUACAUACAGUAAGUGAUUCAUGUAAUAGCAUGAAUGAAGAGUUGCCUGAAAUUUGUGUGCUUAUAUAAAAUAAUUUAAUUUAUUGUUUUUUUUUUCAUAACAUUUACAAAUUGACUUGAAAUUGGAAUAUUUAUUUCAAAGACAAAAACAUACAAUGGAUACUUGUAACACUGUUGGUUAUAUUUACUAAUGACUCGGGGUAGGUGAGUUUUAUAUGUGUUAGAAAGUAAUCUGGGUAAUGAGUAUUACAUAAUCGUGUCAUUGUUGUGUACUUGUAUGUCUGCUUAGUUGGUUUAGUGGCUAGCUAUAAUGUAGAUCCCGAGGUCCUGCGUUCAAACCCCGAGUUGAACCAUUAAAAGGUUAUUGGGUUUUUUAUUGAGCAAUUCUCAGCAGUAGCAGCCCGGAGUCUGAAAAUCGGCAGUGCCUCGGAAAGUAUGUUCAGCUGUCGGAUAUGCCGUCCCAUCGAAUUAUGAGAGCGAGGGAUUAGGAAGUGCACCUGUGUUUGCGCACACACUUGUGCACUAUAUGUCAAGAGCGGUUAGAUAGUCUCUCUUGAGAAUAAAAGAACAUUUCUUACAGAGAGUGAGACUACGUAUAAACUUACUUUUAACAAAUUUCUGUCAAAAGAAGUUUUGCCUCCAUAGAGUUAUAUAUGUAAUAUAACAAGACUCAAUUUAAAAUUCAAACUAUUGACCAUUACAAUCCAAUGUUUCCUCAUAUUCUUAACAUGUGUUAGGAAGUACUAAUUAGUAUUUCUUAUCACAACGAUAAAGUAAAACAAGGAUGUAGGUACGACAGGCUUAUAUUUUUUUAUAGUUUAAUACAAUAAUUUUUAACACAAAUCAACAUUGGGAAGAAUAAAUGUUUCGUUUUAUUAUCGAUUAAUCGUUCAUAUGUUCUAUUUUGAACAAAUAACAACAGAGUAUAUAAAAAUCGUUCGUAGAUGAAAAUAAUUUAAACGUAAUCAGAUUAAUGAAUUACGAUUAAAAUGUGUAAUCAUCAAUCAUGAUUACAGUAUAACUAUAAUAAUCAAAAAGUAGUAAAGUGAGUGAGUCAAGUAAGUGCUCUACGGUAUUAUACGGUCAUACGCGCCUGGUACAGAAACAAUCAAAAGUGUAUAAGUUUGUUCUUAAUGCUUUGUUCUUUGUAUCAUGUUCAUGUAAAUAAUUAGCGGAGUCCUGUUUCUUAAAAUCGAACAAUUAAAGCGUAUUGUUUAUCCAUAAAGAGUAAUUUGAAAAUGUCAUUUAAGAUUUCAAGUAUUAUUAUAUACUGUUAUAUUUGAAUUUAACUUAAGUUAUAAUAACAAAUGAAUGAAAAUUACUAUGAAAAUUGGAAGUAAUAAAAAAUUAAAUUCAAAUUAACCAUUUUAUUAUUGGGUUAUACAUUUUUUAAACACUAUACUAACAUUAAAACAAUUACUUAAAGAUAGAUUGUUUACCUUAAUUGAUUUUUAUAAUUUUAUUGAACACCUAUGUAAGAUGCUACAAUGAAUCAUGAAUUAUCUAUGAGUUUGAUUUAGACAUCAUUUAUACACAGUGUACGAAAACAUAACAAAAAGAAAACUGAAUUUAUGAAUUGAAAAUCAAAGAAAUUUAAGAAAUCAAUCUGCUAGUGUUAUUGAAUAAACAGCUUAUUUUGAUGGCAUAGCGAAUGUAUAAUGUUAAAUAUUAUGUUUAAACUAUUUUUAUUUAUAUACUGAAUAUCAAUUAAACGAUUUUAAUAAGUAAAGGAAUAAAAGUCAUUAAAAUAGGAUAGGUUUUGGGAUAAAUGGGGAAUUUUGUUUUCACUGAAGACCUUGUUUUUAUAUCGAAUAAAAGUUAAUACAUACUGCCAA